CACAAGCUGAGGCAUAUGAGCCUAGAUCUAGGUUUCUACUGAGAAAGUUAUGAAACCAUUACUUACACAUUUUUCUCUUGAUGUCUUCUGCCCAUCAUUGAAGUUUCUCUCAGGUGGUAAUGUUGUAGAGGCUGGUGUGGCUGACAGCAAAACUGUCCAAGAAAUGUAAUCAGAGUGCAUGGGAAGGAGCAUCAGCGAGUGCCCCUGCUUUGCUGUGCCACAGCAUGGCAUGAAGAUUCCAGUGCUGCUGAGCUUCCCCUUAGCUGUGGAGCACACAUUGCCUAUCAACAGGGUGCCACAGUAGUUGCUGCUCAGGAUCUAAGAGGGGCAGCCUAUCUUUUUUGUGUACACAGUUGUAUUUAAUAAUUUAUUUAUAAAAAUACAUGUACAAUAGGCAAUGACCAGCUUUACUGCUCCCCAGGGUAAUAAGCUAUCAAGGUUUGCGGUUGCUUGGCUGUGUAUGUUGAGACUGGUACGGUAAUUGUGUGGUUUAAUGCUGCCCUGUUUCUCCACACGGGGAUUGUUGUUAGCCUCUAUCAUCUGAUUGUCAUCAAGAUGUGAACUCCCAGAUAGGCAGCAGCACAGCAGUAGUAAUAAUAAAUCUGUUUCUGCAUCCAGAACUGAUUUGCAGGGUUCAAUUUCAUUCUAAGACCAGCUUCGACUUGUUAAGAUGCCCUCUGGGUGAAAUGGCUUUCAGUAAGAGCACACAGAGCUUUUGUUAUAUAAGGAAAGUGCUGUUCAUAACUCUUGAUAACGUAUUCUGUGGGGAGGUGGUGUCCUUUUCUGUGCCCCCAUGCAGCAGUGUGUUAUCACACACACUCUGAUGGGGCAAAUAGUGACCUGUUGCUGCUGGAAAAGGAACAAAGAUGUUCCUAUAGCAGAAUGGGAGACAGUAAGGGUUAGAGGUUCACUGUGGUCUAAUUUCACACUAGUUUUUGACUACCUUAAUUUAGAAAGCAAAACUUAAAAAAACAGAACCAAAACAAUGACAAAAGCAAAGCUAGCCUAGGGAUUCACUUGACAUGGUCCAACUAGCACUUGAUGUGGCUAGCCCCAGAGGUGAAGCAGUGCUAAUGUUUAGCAACAUAAUUAUUUUGGACCAAGAGCAAUUGCAAAUGCUGGAGAACCAUGCUCUUCAUCACAUGACAGAUGCAAGCCAGAAAGAAAAGUCAUGCUGCUUCACAGUGAAAUGCACUGUUUAUGCUUCACAGCCUGUGACAUCUGGGUGUGUGUCAUGUUUUCUAGUACCUCAGAGCACGGUGAAGCACAAACACCUGCAAUCCAUCUCUACUGAAAGAGUAUGCAGCUGUCCAAGUCAUGACUGUCACAUGCUUGCAUGCAGAGUGCUGGUUUCUGAGCAGCAAGCCUAUGCAUGGUGUCAUGAGCCAGCUGCAUCAGUAGAACCACUGCCACCAGGGCUCCAUCACACAUCUGCUGUUUGCACUGACUCCAGGUGCAGUGCUGGCAGGGGAAUGCGAGGGGCAUGUCCAGCACUUACUGGAUCAGGUCACAGCUGUUUGCUGUUCUUGCAGACCUUUCCCAACAGCAGACACAAGCUGUUUGAAGACUGUAAGGGACAGCCAUGUAUCCAUGACCAAGGGCAGCCUCAAGGCCAUGAAGGAAAUGGAAGCAGUAGUCACAGACAUGGGCACAGGUUACUUCAAAUGUGGCUUUGCGGGGGACCCAUGACCUUCCUACAUUGUUUCAUGUACAGCUGGUAAGCCCACACAGGAGACUGGGAACAGUCAAGAAGAAACUUCUGCAAGAGAGCUUCAGAAUAGCAGCAUACCUUUAACACUCACCAACACAAUAAGACAUGGCAUGGUGGUCGACUGGAACUGUGUCCAAGAUACUUUGGAGUGUACUGUCUAGACAGAGACGAAGAUUCAGCCAGAGGACUGUGCUUUUCUGGGGUCAGUGCCUCCCUUGUGUUCCAUCACUAACAAGGAGAGAUAUGCUGAGAUGAUGUUUCAAGGAUUUCACAUGCCUGCCAUCCACAUUGCUUACCAGUCCCCAUUAUCCAUGUACUUUUACAGAAAAACCUCAGCUCUUGUGGUGGAAAGUGGCCAUGGCAUUUCACAUGUGGUUCCCAUCUAUGAAGGUUAUGUUAUACGUAGCAUCACUGGGAGAGUAGAUUAUGCUGGUUUGGACAUCACACAUUAUCUCAUGAAGUUACUAUAUGAGUCUGGAAUCAUGUUCAUAGAACACCAGCUUAACAUUGUACAAGACAUCAAGAAGUGUUCCACUUCUCUGGACCUUACACAGGACUUGAGUUUGCCUGUUCAGAAACAACAAAUGUAUUGUGAGCUGCCAGACGGACACCUUGUCACUGUAGGUAAGGAGAGAUUCCUUUGGGCUGAAGCGCUCUUCAAACCAGCCUUACUUGGCUCACAGCAGCCAGGGCUUUUGCAGCUGACACUCUCCUGUCUCAAGAAGUUAGGGCAAUGUCAACAAAAAUUGGUGGAGAAUAUCCUCCUGUGUGGGGGCAGCACUAUGAUGGAGGGCUCUGCCAACCGCUUCCAGAUGGAACUGACCAAGAUGUGCCCCAGUGACAACCUCAUCACAGCUGCACUCCCUCAGAGAAUGUCUUCUGUUUGGAUUGGGGGGUCUAUUCUGGCCUCACUCCACUCUCUCCAGGAGCUCUGGGUUUACAGGACUGAAUAUGAAGAACAUGGUCCUUCCUCAGAAGCACUUCUUAAAAAGGUAGGAAGACACUGGGUGCCCUAAAAAGACCAGUGUUGAUAAAUGGUAUCUGAAUUAAUCCAAGAGAACCCCCCUUCAACCCCUUGUUGUAACAAAAGAGAUUUUUGCUGCAGCUGUAUUAUUUUGGUGUUAUUGUGUGUCUGAAAAAGAUUUUCUUUCUUUUGUAUUUUGUAUUUAAUGAAGCUAGACAGCAAACAGGUGAUGAACUACUCUGAGUAGAAUCAGGCUUUCACACAGCCAUGUUCGAGCAGAAAUUGGGACAUUUCUUAAGCUAAGUCUGUAUUUCUGCAUUAAUAGUUUACUCUAAUUCCUGCUAACUGCAUCUGUUCCUAAGAGCCUCCACAGAACUCAGAAGAGCAAAUUCAACACUGCCUGUAAAGUCAGCAGCUAAGGUAGAAUAUAUUUUAAGGUGCCAUGCAUCACUAAAAAAGCAAAAGAGCAUCCUUGUAGAAAUCAAGGGAGAGCAGACUUCUGGCUGCUGCUGAACAGAAAAAGAGGUUCAGUAACUGUCAAAGUUAGGAAGCAGGACUUCCUCCCCUGCAAGCUCACAGACUAGGUGCUGCUUCCAGCUCUACUGCUCCUUAGUCAGAGUUCACUGAGGGGAAGACAAUGGAGUUCAGCGAUGAAUUACAGUAUGAAUGAUUUAGGAGACUGGUCUUCCACCUGAAUAGCAGAUUUGAAGUGAUUUUUCUUUGACAGAACAGGAAGACCAGAGGGUCUGCAGCUUUGACCAUCACCAUGAUGGAAAAGCAAAAUAACCCAUAUACAUACAAUAAGGAAACUGCUUUGUUUAGGCACAAGCAUGAAUCCAUUAGUAAGCGUUUUACCUUUUCUUGGGUUCUUUAAAGAGGGAAUCUCUUUCUAGACAAUAAACUGCUCAAGACCUCAGCAUUUCCUGGCAUCAGAUUUAGGAACGUCAGGGAUUAGCAGUGUCAGGGUCACAUUUCAGCUGCAGGGCCAGAACCCUCCAUAUCACUGAGAGGACCACAGACUCCCUCAUCACCCCCUUUUCUCCAGAUCUGAAAGAUGGCUUCUACAUUUCAUCUUGGACUGUGUUCUACCAUUUUGAAGACUCAGAUCCAGUAGAACACUCUGCAGCCUCUCAGGUGUUUUGCCAUCUCGAGCCUUGAUACUCUUAGAGAAUCUCUUUCCAGUGUAGUCACAGUACUUGACAAGAGGCUUAAACCAUCCCCACAUCACUCAGAAUAGGCCAUGUAACUCAGAACAGCUGGAAAUCACACCACUGAGGUUUCACACAACACUGACAAAGGAUUAUUUUACCACUCCACCCCAGAACCCCAAGCCAGCACAGCACAUACAGUACCAGCCCAUAUGGCCACCCCAGUAUUAUGCAGUUCUCACAUAGCAAAAACCAAUGAUCUGCAACCCUAGACAGACACUAAUGCAGUGCAGCAAGAACACAGCCCAUCACUAUGUCAUUAGAUACCUCCAACAGACAGGAAGUGCCCUGUUCGUGCUGGCAUUUUUCCACAGCACCAAACAAACUGAAAUGGCUUGCACCAAACACAGCAGCUACCAGGCCAAAAUUAAGUGAGGGAGAUGGGGGGUGUUACUGCUGAAAGGGUUUCCAGCCUCAUCUGCAGAGCUUGUCCCCUUCCUCUGCUCCCAGGACUACUACUGUUACAUCUUGAGUCAGACUGCAGAAGUAUUCUGGGGUAAAACCUAACUCUCAGGUAUGAGGUUAAUCGGUUUCCAGCUGAAACAGUUCUGCAACAGCACACAUCAUUAUCAGAGUACACCUGCUAAUCUCUCAGUGCCAUACAGCAGCAUUAGCUGAUCUUCUUUAAACUCAGAUAAUUAGGGUAGUAUUACCCAGCAGUGUCUGACUCUUGACACUCACCACCCCACCCCUUGCUUUUGUUCAUGUUUUCUUCUAUCCACAAUCUCCCUGGU